GGCGAGCCACCGUACCGGCAUACGGACUAACAAGGUUCAGAUUCUGUACUGCUAACCGCCAAUUGCCAGCACAAGACAAUCUCACAGUCUCCGGAAUAAUCACGACUGGAAAGUCUCCAGUGCUAACACCCACGAACGAGAGUGCUGUUCGUGCUCCUUGCCAAAAUUGUGAUGGCGAUGGCGAUGGCGAGGUCGCCUGAGAAUUGUUUCCGAUACGGGGCCGUUAUAUUCAUGCUUACCAUACGUCCCAGGUAAGAAUGUUUUCACGAACUUAUGCAGUGCACAGCUGCCUAAGGCCUCCCAGAAUCACAAAGAUCAAAGAUCGUCGGAGACAUAUAGAAUGUCUCCGAGAGGACCUUUGCUGGAACUUGGAAUAAGCAGCGGGAGCAUCGCUAGUCAAAAUACACAUAUAUGAGUACGAGCAGAUCCUCGGGCCUUGAAUGCUUUGUUUCCACUCACGCCCUCUUACUCCUCCUCUGCAUUACAUGAGAACCGUAAGCCAAAAAGCCCUACCACACUGAACGCAACCAUGGCUGCUGCGGAACAAGCAAAAUCAAUGUUCGAUGAUGACAACUUCGCGAAGAUGUACGCUUCGGCGGAGAAACUUACGGGUCACUUCGCAAAGAUUCUCGUUGAUACCGUGGUGAAGAACAUCUCCGAUAACGAGGAACUGGUUAUUCUUGACGAAGCUUGCGGGACCGGGAUUGUCUCCAAGCACUUGAUGGACGCACUCAGCCUUAAUUCGAAGAAAAACCUCGAGCUUACAUGUGCCGACAACGCCGAUGCCAUGCUCAAGGUCAUAGCCAAGCGUAUCGAGACCAAUGGCUGGAAGAAUGCGAAGACAGCCAAAUCGGAUGGCAUAGAUACCAAGCUGCCGAGCUCACACUUUACGCAUAUCCUGCUCAACUUUGGGCCCAUGAUUUUCUCAGACUCCAAGAAAGGUCUAUCCGAGUGCUACCGCAUGCUACGGCCCGGCGGUACAUUGGCCAUGACUUCAUGGGAAAAGGUUGGCUGGAUGCCAGACAUGCGCGCAGCAAUGGCGAGUGAUCCGGAACUGCCUGCGAUGCCUCCGGACGAUCAAUUGCGUAAGGCCUUCUCCUCCACCGACGGCGCAAAAUGGGAUGAAGCACCAUGGGUUCAGGAUUUUGUCUCCGACAUAGGGUUUGUCGAUGUGCGAGUUGAGAAGGUGCACCAUAGAAGCUCUCUGACAAACGUUACGGAGUUCAUGGGGAUGAUUCAGGGGGUGUUCAUGCUCCUUAUCAACACGCAGUGGACAGAAGAACAGAAGGAAAAGUAUCGUGAUCGUGCAAAGAAUGUGAUUGAGAAGUACAUGGUGGACAAAUACGGCGAGGGUGAGAUCCAAUGGGACUGGGUUGCUAUCAUGACAACCGCGAAGAGGGCUGCGUAGUAUUUGGCAACAGCGUGAGCGUUGCAGGUAAAGCUUGGGACAUUCUUUAAGGAGUGAAAAUAGAUAAUUCCCAAGAAAUCUCUGCCCAUUAUGAGAUUCUCAGGUAACCAGGAUUCUUAGGGGCAGUAAUAGGCAUAUUUAGACAAGUCUCUUGGUGUAGCAUCUCGAGUUAAGUUCUCGACCGCCGUACACAUCAUCUUCCAGA